AUGGUAGAAGAGAUUAUCUAUCUAUCUAUCUAUCUAUCUAUCUAUCUGUCAAUCAUCCAAAUGCUCAAGAGAAGAAGUAAAAUGAAGAGGUCGAAGGCCCCACCAGAAGAGGCCCAAGGCCCCACCAGAAGAGGUCAAAUGUUCCACCAGAAAAGGUUCAAGGUCUCACCAGAAGAGGUCGAAGGUCCCAGCAGAAGAGGUCAAAGGUCCCACCAGAAAAGGUUCAAGGUCUCAUUAGAAGAGGUCCAAGGCACUACCAGAAGAGGUCCAAGGUCCCACCAGAAGAGGUCAAAUGUCCCACCAGAAGAGGUCCAAGGCCCCACCAGAAGAGCUCCAAGGCCCCACCAGAAGAGGUCCAAGGUUCCACCAGAAGAGGUCCAGGGCCCCACCAGAAGAGGCCAAAUGUUCCACCAGAAAAGGUUCAAGGUCUCACCAGAAGGGGUCGAAGGCCCCACCAGAAGAGGUCAAAGGUCCCACCAGAAAAGGUUCAAGGUCUCACCAGAAGAGGUCCAAGGCCCACCAGAAGAGGUCAAAGGUCUCACCAUAAGAGGUCGAAGGCCCCACCAGAAGGGUCAAAGGUCCACCAGAAAGGUUCAAGGUUCACCAGAAGAGUCCCCCACCAGAAGAGGCCAGAAAAAGGUUCAUGGUCUCACCAGAAGAGGUCAAGGCACCACUAGAAAAGGUCAAGGUCCCACCAGAAAAGGUUCAUGGUCUCCUGGGAAUAGGUCCCCACCAGAAAAAAGUUCAGGUCUCACCAGAAGGGUCCCCCACCAGAAGAGGUCAAAUGUCCCACCAGAAAAAAAGUUCAAAGUCACACCAGAAGAGGUCGAAGGCCCCACCAGAAGGUCUCACCAGAAGGGUCAAAGGCCCCACCAGAAGAGUCAAAUGUCCCACCAGAAAAAAGUUCAAGGUCACACCAGAAGGUCUCACCAGAGGAGGUCCAAGGUCCCAACAGAAGAGGUUCCAAGAAAAGGUUCCUCACCAGAAGACGUCAGAAAACCCCACCAGGAGAUGUCAAGGUCCCAACAGAAGAGGUCAAAUGUUCCACCAGAAAAAGUUCAAGGUCUCACCAGAAGACGUCGAAGGCCCCUGGGAGAUGUCCAAGGUCCCAACAGAGGGUCAAAGGUCCCACCAGAAGAGGUCCAAGGUCCCACCAGAAGAGGUCAAAUGUCCCACCAGAAAAAGGUCUCACCAGAAGAGGUCCAAGGCCCACCAGAAGAGGUCAAAGGUCUCACCAGAAGAGGUCGAAGGCCCCACCAGAAGAGGUCAAAGGUCCCACCAGAAAAGGUUCAAGGUUUCACCAGAAGAGGUCGAAGGCCCCACCAGAAAGGUCAAAGUGUUUACCACCAAAAAGGUUCAUGGUCUCACCAGAAGAGGUCCAAGGCCCACCAGAAGAGGUCAAGGUCUCACCAGAAGAGGUCCCCCCAAGAAGAGUCAAAAGGUCCCACCAGAAAAGGUUCAGGUUUCACCAGAAGAGGUCGAAGGCCCCACCAGAAGAGGACAAAGGUCCCACCAGAAAAGGUUCAUGGUCUCACCAGAAGAGGUCCAAGGCACCACUAG